CUGUGGCGGCGGCGCAGUGAGUGUGUCUGUGUGCCCGAGCGUGUGUCCGGGCGGCCGGGGAGCCAUCAUGUCGCGGGAGUUCGAGCUGUGCCCCGGGCGCCGCGUGGGCGGCGAGCAGCCCUGCUUCAUCAUCGCCGAGAUCGGGCAGAACCACCAGGGAGACCUGGACAUCGCCAAGCGCAUGAUCCGCAUGGCCAAGGACUGUGGAGCAGACUGUGCUAAAUUCCAGAAGAGUGAACUGGAGUACAAAUUCAACAAGAAAGCCUUAGAAAGGCCCUAUACCUCUAAACAUUCCUGGGGAAAGACCUACGGGGAGCACAAGCACCACUUGGAGUUUAGUCAUGACCAAUAUAGAGAGCUCAAGAAAUAUGCAGAAGAGAUUGGCAUUUUCUUCACAGCUUCUGGCAUGGAUGAGAUGGCUGUGGAAUUUCUACAUGAAUUGGAUGUUCCAUUUUUCAAAGUAGGAUCAGGAGAUACAAACAAUUUUCCAUAUUUGGAAAAGACUGCAAAGAAGGGUCGUCCAAUGGUGAUUUCCAGUGGGAUGCAGUCAAUGAACACAAUGCAUCAGGUUUAUCAGAUUGUGAAGCCCAUCAAUCCAAACUUCUGCUUCCUGCAAUGUACCAGUGCAUACCCACUCCAGCCAGAGGAUGUCAAUCUCCGUGUUAUAUCGGCCUAUCAGUCAGCUUUUCCUGAUAUACCCAUUGGCUAUUCGGGGCAUGAAACUGGCAUAGCCAUUUCAGUGGCAGCUGUUGCUUUGGGUGCAAAAAUAGUGGAACGCCAUGUGACUCUCGACAAAACAUGGAAAGGUAGUGACCACCAAGCAUCUCUGGAGCCAAAUGAAUUGGCAGAGUUAGUGAAAGCCAUCCGAACUGUGGAAGAAGCAAUGGGCUCUCCAGUCAAACAACUCUUACCCUGUGAAAUGGCUUGCAAGGAUAAGCUGGGAAAGUCUGUUGUGGCAAAAGUUGCAAUUCCUGAAGGUACAAUACUGACACUUGACAUGCUGACGGUGAAGGUGGGAGAGCCUAAGGGAUAUCCCCCAGAAGCCAUCUUCGAUCUGGUGGGCCAGAAAGUUAAAAUGAACAUUGAAGAAGAUGAAACCAUCACUGAGCAAGCAGUGGAAAAUCACGUCAAAAAAGUGAAGUGCUAAAGCUAAAGCACUCUAUUCCAUAUUUCAUGAUGCAGUACUGCACUACUGCACGAUAUUUAAGUAUAACAGCAUGGUAGAUUAGAAGAAAGGGGUGUCAUUAUGGGGAUACAAGCAUGUUAAGGGUUAUCAGGUUCUUAAUAGCAGGAAGUUUAAGCAGCAACUGGUAUAAAUUAUGAAUUUUAUUCGACAUGAUAACAUUAUGUGUAGAAUAUACCAUGCUUCUUAUUUUUCCAUUCCACUUAAUGUAGAUUAAUUUGGAGUUUUGCCAAAUCUAAGACUACAGUCUGCUGCUUUCCAGCUUCCAUUUUGGGGAUAAAUAAUAAAUGACAAUAAAUUAUAAUAAUUCAAAGUUUGAAUUGUUCUAAUACUGUAUCUUUUGAUUUUCCUCUCUUUUCUGUGGUUUUCCUCAACCCCUGUGAUAACAAGAUGCUAGUUGGAGUUAAAUACAGAUAAGUGAAAUUUUACAUACACUGAACAGAAAACUACAGAAACCGUACAGAACAGAUACCCUAAUGUGUAGCCUGAUGGAUUUUUUCUCGAGAAGAAAGCCUUAAGAGAAAAACUCUCAAGAUAAAGCAGUGCAUUUCAGGAGUCUGCACUGUGGGUAAAAUUAGCUCCUUGAGAAAACUACGUUCUCUAGAAACAGUACCAAGAAAGGAAGCAGACUGGGUAUGUAGAAAGGUCCCAUUUAAGGGGCAAGAGAAAGAGCCUUUUUGUGAACUGAAAGGCAAGGGGGCAAGCCAGACAGAUUAAGUGGGAAGGGAAAUAGAUCUGACAUGAAUCAGUGGAAAUAACCUAUGCUUCAAAAAAAUGUCAGAAGCAGCUAUAUCAAUUCUGCAGGACAUUUGUAUACCUCUGUUUGGACCUUCUUAGGUAGGAAACGAAAUGCCAAUGAACAUUCAGCAGCCUCCUUCCUUUACCAGCGAGAAAAUGUACUGGGUUAGUUGGGUGGUUUUUACCCCAACACUAUUUGAGGUAGCUGAGGCUGGCUGCUUAAUUAGUUCACAUCUCUAUGCUUCAGAAUGGUAGUUAGUACUCUGCUACUUUUGCAUCACAACUUCUCACGCUUCAAGUAAGAAAUGUAGUGCUUCUCCUCUCAGGCUGCCGCUCUUCCCUUUGUCCAGGAAGGAGCUAUGUGGCAGCAGCUGCAAACCAGGCAUCCCUCAGUUAGCUCAGCUCAGAACUGCUCUGGUAUAAUUCAUCUGCAUUUUGGGUGGUGGAAUCAUUUACUAGUGAUGGGUGUUUGGAACUUGCUACCUCUGGCUCAUGAGUUGGUGAUAAUUGCCUGGAGUUUGAUAGUGGUGUUUCUGUACCUGUGAGCUGUUUACUUUUAAAAUGUUUACCCUUCUGCAGUUCUGAGGAGACUGUAUUUCUAUCUAUAAACUGGGAGGGAGAUUCUUUGAAUCAUGUGCUUGACCAUAUGUGGGUUCUGAUUGAUGCAAUAUGCUUGCCUUAUGUUAAAAAAAAAUUGUUAAAAAAAAUCUUCUUUCUCAUUUCAAAU